AUGGGUGACUUCCUCAGUCUUACCAGCUGCUUGCUUAACGAUGUGGUGUUAAAGUUUCAAGUAUACCUUAGUAUGUUCUUCAUAUGUAAUGAUUUGACCUUGUGCUUCCAGUAUUAUUACUACACUAGUGUCUAUCCAAAGAAACAUUACUUGUCAGUUGCCACAAGUUCUGAGGGCACUGACCCGGAAGAUCCGGAAUCUGUGGUAUCUGAUGUAGACCGACACCUUACAGAUUCGAUACAAAUACGAGGGGCAGCCUCAAGAAAGGAUAGACCAAUUGUUGAGUACCUUUCAUCCUCAGGGUCUCCUGAUGGUAGUUAUAAUUCAACUAAUGAUUCUGGUAAUAGCAUUAGUCCAGCUAAGGCUUUUGUACUUGGAACGACUUUAAACGCUGCUUCAACAGAAGCUCUCCCGGUUGUGAUUAGAAGCACUAUCGUUGCUACUGCUGCUACUACCACGGCCAACUCUGCUCAAUCAUUGGGUCUUGUACUUGCAUGGGCAUGUACUGUUGUGUAUGUUACCUCAAGGUGCCCUCAACUUUAUAAGAACUACAAGAGGAAGUCUGUGGAUGGAAUAUCACCUCUUUUAUUCGGAUCUGCAUUGAUUGGGAACCUCACGUAUACAUUAUCGAUUCUUACAAGUUGUAACUUCUUAUUUGGAGAAGACAAGUGGACAUUUAUCAUGAGAGAACUUCCAUACAUUCUUGGUAGUUCAGGGACAAUUGUGUUCGAUGUGGCUUAUUUUUAUCAGCGGUACUUGUAUAGAAAUAACGGCCGGAAUACAUUGGUCAUGGGCAUGGAUGAUUGGGAUACCAUUAGAGAGGAUUAUAUGUGA